AGCGGCAACGUCUCCAGCCAGCAAUUAAUCGCUAGCAAUUACAUAUUGCAAUAUGCAUGGGACUUUGAGUGCACUAUAUGAGCAGCACAUGACACUCGAUCUGGAGGAGAUUUGCCGGAGAUGCCCUCGACUGGUCGACGUGUGAAAAUUUCGCCUGCCCGUCAAUCAUGCGAUUUUCUUUUGUCAAUUGUUCAAAACGCGCAAUUAUGCAAUUAACUUAACUUGCAAAAAACAAAACAAAAAAAAAAACCCCUAGAAUGCCCAAACGUCAACAGAUCUUAUAUGGAACAUGUGCAUAUAUAAUAGAUAUGACAUUAAUUCCGAAUGCAAUUAAAUCGAUUUGACGCUUAAACUCAGUGAGAGAGUUGGAACUUUGAUCAAAUUUAAAUACGCUUUAUAAACUAUAAACAACAACUCAGCGCUCUAACUGUCAUAGCAAUGAGCUGGGCUGGAAGGCAGCUCAAGAUCGCGUUUUAUAUUUAGCUGUCUAUUUUGACUUACUGGAGCAGCAAUCAAUUCAAGCGAACAACGGGUUUUGUUUUUUGGUUUUGCAGCUAAGUUAAGUUAAUUGUGCAAUUAAGUUAGGCUUAUUAUAGUUAGAAAUUGAAAUAUGCAUCGCACAUCAUUAGAAUUAAAUAGUGAGCUAAGAAUUUUUAAAGACACGUCUUAAAUUAUAAAUGAUGCAAGCAUUACGUUUGUAUAUAAGAAUAAUUUAGUGAGCUAGAAAUUAAGGCUUAGCGACUAAGCUAAAUUAAAUUAUGACUAGCAAAAUGUAGCUGUAGACAAAUUGUUGCUUGUUGUGUUGUGUUGUUUUUUUUUUUUGAAACAUGCAAUGCCAAUAUUCUAAACACAUGCAUGCAUUCAUAUUAAAUGGCAUUGCUAUAUAUGUGUGAGUGUGAGUGAUAAUGAAAACUCUUUUAGCCAAGUCAGCGAAAUGUGCCGAAUAACCAAAAGUUGUUCGACUAUAAAAGAGCCAUGCACUUGAGUCUGUGCAUACCACAAGAUGUUGCAACUUACACGACUACUCAUGCUGGCGGCGCUGCUCGGGCUAAGCCUCAGCCAGGCACAGCUGGCAACGCAGCCGAACUUGGACUUGACGCGUCUGCUGGGCACUGGACGCCAUGGCGAGCCCAUUCUGACGGUGCUGAAUCGCAAUCUGCCGCAGGUGCAGCAGAUGAUCGACAGCCACAAGCAGCGCUGCCUCAGCAAGCUGCAGCUGCCAGCGAAUCAGCGUGCGCUAAUACACGAGCCCAAACCUACGGAGCAGGAGAAGUGCCUGAUGGAGUGCGUGUUCAAGAGCAUACGCCUGAUGGACGGCAACAAGUUGAAUCUGCAGCGUGUGCAGCAGUUGGCCAGCCAGGUGACCGAUAACAAUGCGAUGGCUGUGGCGCUUAGCAGCACGCUGGCCCAAAGCUGCAAUCGCCUCGUCCGGAGCAGCAAGCCCUGCGAGGCGGCGCAUCAGCUGAAUCAGUGCAUUGCCAAGCACAUGGAGCGCAAUCGAGUGAAGCUCAGCUGGUGAGCAAUGUGCAUGCCAAG